GAAAUUCCAUGCAAAAGUCUCUACUCCACCGUUGAUGUCGAACUAUUGUUCGAGUCUUUCUCACGUAAAGACCCCUUUUCUCUCUCUCAUAUUCAUAUAUGUAUAUAUAUAUAUAUAUAUACACACACACAAACACAUAUAAGAUACAUUAAUACCUCUCGAGUCUACCUGACAUUGUUAGCUUCCGUUUCAGUUUUCUUUCCUUCACGUUUCAUUCCAUCGAACUCUCAGAUCACACAUUUAAUUCCUUCACCCAUAGAAUUUUGAUUGAUUUAUAUUCUCUCCCAAUCAGGACUCGUACAAUUUUCGGGGGAAAAUUGACCAGUCUAGAGAGAGAAUGGAUUCUGAGCUGAUCUCUAAAGUCCAUCAAACCAAACAUAAGCAAUUUGCCUCCGUGAUGUACCCCAUUCGUUACAUGCUUCGCGAGCAAAGGCUCAUCUUCGUAUUGAUUGGAAUCGCCAUUUCUGCUCUAAUUUUCAGCAUCCUUCCCAAUUCGCCUCCAUUGUCAAACUAUGAACAGAUCACUGACUCGUUUCACUCGGCCGAGUCAACUCAGAUCCCUCGCCGAGUCACUUACGAACUCCAUCCCGGGUUCGAUCACAUGAAUGCAGGUGGAAAGAUUCCUCUGGGGUUGAAAAGGAAGAGCAAGAGGAUUGUGGUGACUGGUGGGGCCGGGUUUGUGGGGAGCCACCUGGUGGACCGUCUGAUCGCACGUGGGGACAGUGUGAUCGUGGUUGAUAAUUUCUUCACGGGUCGUAAGGGGAACCUGGUGCACCAUUUUGGGAACCCAAGGUUCGAGCUCAUUCGGCACGACGUGGUCGAACCCAUUCUCUUGGAAGUUGAUCAGAUCUACCAUCUCGCUUGCCCUGCUUCUCCUGUCCACUACAAGUUCAAUCCUGUCAAAACCAUCAAGACAAAUGUGAUGGGGACACUGAACAUGCUAGGACUGGCAAAGAGGGUUGGUGCGCGGUUCUUGUUAACGAGCACAAGCGAGGUGUAUGGUGACCCACUGCAACACCCCCAGGUUGAGUCUUACUGGGGCAACGUCAACCCCAUUGGCGUUCGGAGCUGUUAUGAUGAGGGAAAGCGUACCGCCGAGACCUUAACCAUGGACUACCACAGAGGCGCUGGCAUUGAGGUGAGGAUUGCUAGGAUUUUUAACACUUAUGGACCUCGAAUGUGCAUUGAUGAUGGGCGUGUUGUUAGCAAUUUUGUUGCUCAGGCAUUAAGGAAGCAGCCAUUGACUGUUUAUGGGGAUGGGAAGCAAACAAGGAGUUUCCAAUACGUUUCUGACUUGGUGGAGGGUUUGAUGCGGUUGAUGGAAGGGGAACAUGUUGGUCCUUUCAAUCUGGGCAACCCGGGAGAGUUCACCAUGCUUGAACUUGCUCAGGUGGUGCAAGAGACAAUUGACCGAAACGCAAAGAUAGAGUUCAGGGAAAACACAGAGGAUGAUCCACACAAGAGAAAGCCAGACAUUACAAAAGCUAAAAAGCUACUGGGAUGGAAGCCCAAGGUGCCCCUUCGCGAGGGACUUCCUCUCAUGGUUUCCGACUUCCGGCAGCGCAUUUUUGGUGACGAAAAGGAAGGUGGCGCCAUGUCCGCUGAAUAGAAACUCAUAUAAAGCUAAUUAGAUAUAUAUAAAUAUAUAUAUAUGUGGAUGAAAGGAGGAGAAAGAAAUAAAGGAUCAGGAAUAAGAAUGAUCACUCCAAAUCUGUCUUCCCUUCUUCUAUGUUGCUUUCUUCAAUAAUGAUGUGUGUCCCUGAAAAGAAAAUAAAAGGAGGAAAAACAAUAGUAGGAUAUAGUUUUUUUUAGAGAUACAUUCAUUUUAUUUUGUUGCAUUUGUACACUGUAAUCUUCUUCUUCUUUCUAUAAUGGAUUUUUCUUUAAUUUUCUGGUUUCAA